AGGCAACUUUAAAGCAAUGACAGAGCUGCACCAAGCGGCAGCAGCGAGAGAUUAUGAGAAGGUGAAAGAGAUUCUGACGCAGCAGAGAUGCUGUCCCAAUCAGAAAGACAUCGACUGGAGCAACAAAACACCUCUGCACUGGGCAGCAGAUACUGGAGAUACAGAGAUCAUCAGGAUCCUCAUACAGCAUGGAGCCAGGCCGUGUCUGCGGACGGAGCACGGAUGGACACCCGCCCACUUUGCUGCGGAGUCCGGUCGGCUCGAGGUGCUGCGGCUGCUGCACUCCCUCCAUGCACCGAUGGACAAGGAGGACUCCUGUGGAGAUAAGCCAGUAAGGAUAGCCGAAAUAUAUGGACACCAAGAUUGUGUUCGAUUCCUUAAAAAAGCAGAGCCUGAGUGCCAGGCCUACCGCAAGAAAGCAGCACAACAAGGAAUUUUAUUAGAUGACACAGAUGAGGAGUGGGAACAGCAAAGCAAAGGAAAUGAAGAAAAUAUUGUUUCUGAAAGCAGCGAUCAGACUUAGACUGCAAUCAGCUUUAAACAAAAUAGGUUUUAAACAUGAUUUCUGCAUGUAGAGUAAUAUACCACAUAAAACUAGCAACACAGCAUUCAAUGUUACUCUGAUCACACACAGUAUUUUAAGCUGAGCUAACCUACAAGGACCUAAAGGAAUAUACAGAAGAAGUUGAUGCAAAGGGUAACAAACAACAAACAAACUUAACUAUGCAUUUAUAUAUGUACAGAUAAGCAAUUGCAUGUAAAAGUAAAUGUACUCUUAUAAAGUA